AUGGCAGAUAGUUCUAGUGAGGAUAAUGCUGAAUAUGGCCCAUCACCAGUCAAAAAAGGAAAAAGUGGAAAAAUUAUAAGUGAGAAUUUAAGAAUCCGUGUUAUAAAUAUGUACAAAUGUAUUAUACAAGACGAACCUGCCAUAUCCAUGAGAAAAAUUCGAGACCAAAUAUCUGAAGUAUUUUUACGUAGGCAUGUUCACAGCAUAUGGUUUCGACGUGAAAUUCCUACGGUUGAUAAAAUCUACCAAGCCGUAUCCGCCGACGACAGUUUGCCACCGAUAUCACGUACAAAUUUAUUUCACCUUUUGAAAGACUUAGAUUUCCGGUAUAGUAAAAGAAGUAGAAAUAGUGCUAUGACCGAAAAAAUUGAGAUUGUCGUGUGGCGAAGAAUGUAUUUGGACAACAUCAAAAAAUACCGGGAAGAGGGUCGACAUAUUUAUUUCCUCGACGAAACAUGGGUAAAUGCUAGCGACUGUACUUCGAAAACGUGGGUCGACGGAACAAUUAAAUCUCACCGGGACGCAUUCCUAAAAGGUUUAUCGACAGGUGCUGUCAAUCCUUCGGGCAAAGGGAAACGGCUCAUUGUACUCGACAUCGGCUCAGAAGACGGUUUUCUACCCGGGGGUUUGCUAUGUUUCGAAUCUAAAAAAAAUACACGUGACUACCAUGAUGAAAUGAAUGGGGACACAUUUCGUGAGUGGAUGGAGGGCAUUCUACCUCACCUAAAACCAAACUCCGUUAUUGUCAUGGACAACGCUUCCUACCAUUCAGUUAAACUCGACAAAGCCCCAACAUCAAAUACAAAAAAGGCAGAUAUAAUAAAGUGGUUAGAGGAUAAGGGAGAAGUCGUAGACCGGUCGCAUAUUACCAAAGUGUACAUGGUCUCGGCACUAG